AUGUGGCAGGUCCUGCUGGAGGAAGGCGUGCUCAACCACGUCGACCAGGAGCUCAACUUCCAGGACAAGUACCUGUUCUACCGUUUCCUCGACGACGAGCAGGAGGGCGUGGCCCCGCCCAGCCAGGAGGAGAUGAAGGAGAGCGACGAGGAGCUGCAGGACACCCUGCUCCUCCUCUCCCAGAUCGGACCCGACGCCCACAUGAGGAUGAUCCUGAGGAAACUUCCGGGGGAGAGGACAGCAGACGACCUGCAGAUCAUCUAUGAGGAGCUUCUGCAUAUAAAGGCCUUAUCUCACCUCUCCACCACUGUGAGGAGGGAGCUGGCAGGAGUGCUGAUCUUCGAGUCCCACGCCAAAGCAGGAACCGUGUUGUUUAACCAGGGUGAGGAGGGGACGUCCUGGUACAUCAUCUUAAAGGGCUCCGUUAACGUCGUCAUCUAUGGGAAGGGGGUGGUAUGCAGCCUGCGGGAGGGGGACGACUUCGGGAAGCUGGCCCUGGUCAACGACUCGCCCCGCGCAGCCUCCAUCGUCCUGCGAGAGGAUAACUGUCACUUCCUGAGAGUGGAUAAGGAGGACUUCAACAGGAUACUGAGGGACGUGGAGGCCAACACAGUGCGUCUGCAGGAGCAUGAACAGGACGUGCUGGUCCUGGAGAAGAGCCCCAGCAGCAGCUGCUCCACCCAGGGCUCCACCUCCACCCACUACAAAUACACUGUGAUGUCAGGAACUCCAGAGAAGAUUCUGGAGCACUUCCUCGAGAUGAUGCGUGUGGAUACUCAGUUCUCAGAGUCAGACCCAGCGCUGGAUGAUUUUGUGCUCAUGCACUGUGUGUUCAUCCCCAACAGCCAGCUGUGUCCCGUACUCAUGGCCCAUUACCAUGCGGAGGCGUCGCAGGGCUCGGAGCAGGAGAGGCAGGACUACAGCCUGAACAACAAGCGCCGGGUCAUCAGGCUGGUUCUGCACUGGGCCUCUGUACACGGAGAUCAUCUCCUGGAGGAGGAGCCCUCCCUCGCCUUCCUGGGGGAGUUCCUGGCUGCUGUGACUGAAGACGCCCAUGUGACGCCCGCCCUGAAGGACCAGCUUCUGGAGCUGGAGAAGGUCGUUAAACACAACUUUGACGAUGCCAAAUCUUCUCCAAAAAAGCAUAAAGUCCUCCUGAGGCAGUUCAGCAUGGGAGACGAGAAGCUGCAGAAACGCCAACCCAUCAGGAGUCAUGAUGAGAUCCUCUUCAAGGUCUACUGCAGCGACCACACCUACACCACCAUCCGAGUUCCCGUGGCCGCCUCGGUCAGGGAGGUCACCAGCGCCGUGGCCGACAAGCUGGGGUCAGCGGAGGACCUCCUGCUGGUCAGCCUCAGUUCGGCCGGAGAUAAAACCAUUCUGAAGCCCAACGAUAUUUCUGUCUUCUCAACGCUCAGCAUCAACGGACGUCUGUUUGUCUGCCUCAGGGAUCAACUUGACUCACUGACCCCCCUACAGGAGCAGGAGGGGCCGUCUACAGGAACCACUGGCAGCUUUGAGCUCAUGAGCUCCAAAGAUCUGGCCUAUCACAUGACCGUCUACGACUGGGAGCUCUUCAACUGCAUGCAUGAGCAUGAGUUGAUCUACCACACGUUCGGGAGGCAGAACUUCAAGAAGACCACGGCCAACCUGGACCUGUUCCUGCGGCGCUUCAACGAGCUGCAGAUGUGGGUGAUCACCGAGGUGUGUCUGUGUGGCCAGCUCAGCAAGCGCGUCCAGCUUCUCAAGAAGUUCAUCAAGAUCGCCUCGCACUGUAAGGAGUACAGGAACCUGAAUUCCUUCUUCGCCAUCGUUAUGGGAAUGAGCAAUCCAGCCGUGAGCAGACUGAACCAGACCUGGGAGAAACUUCCCAGCAAAUUCAAGAAGUUUUACGGGGAAUUUGAAAGCUUGAUGGACCCGUCCAGGAACCAUCGGGCCUACCGUCUGACCCAGGCCAAGCUGCAGCCGCCCAUCAUCCCCUUCAUGCCUCUGCUGAUCAAAGACAUGACGUUCACACACGAGGGCAACAAAACGUUCAUCGACAGUUUAGUCAAUUACGAGAAAAUGCGCAUGAUUGCCAACACAGUAAGGAUAGUGAGAUACUGCAGGAGCCAAUCGUUCAUCGGUGACGCUUCUCAGGCCAGCAAACACCACCCGGAGGUCCGGAGAUACGUCCGGCAGCUCAAUGUGAUCGACAACCAAAGGACUCUGUCUCAGCUGUCUCACAUACUGGAGCCUCGCAGGACCUGAGACAGACAGACAGACAGACAGACAGGCAGACUGACAGACUGACAGACUGACAGACUGACAGACUGACAGACUGACAGACAGACAGACAGACAGACAGACAGACAGACAGACAGACAGACAGACAGGCAGAUGGGUAAGCAGACAGGCAGACAGACAGACAGACUGCCAGACAGGCAGACGGGUAAGCAGACAGACAGACAGGCAGGCAGGCAGGCCUGCUGUCAGCCAGGCUGCACACUCCACAGCAUCAACAUGCCGGCUUCAUAUGAUCUAUAUCAUGCAUGUCCUACAGACACGCGUACACUAUACUUCUGAUACCUGCUCUAUGGAUCUCCUCAUCAUACACAUGUAGUAUUGUAGGUGCCAUGUCAUAUGCUGUUGCUAGGGGUGAUUCUUCCCUGAUGUAAACUCUGUCUGUUUCUCCUGUUGGUAUUUGUGUAUUCAGCUUUCACCAAUGAGCAGCAAUAUCGACUGUUCAAAAUAUCCAAGUACUUUUUAACAACCCCAACACAAAUGACAACCUAUGUCGCUAGUGAUCUUUUGUAAAGCCAUUAGGUUAUUGUAUUAUAACGCUUUAAAGUUGAGAUACUCUGGGGGAAAUUCUCUGACUCUUGUAACGCUUGAAUUCUUGUAAAACCCCGAUUUUCAGUUGUGGUUUUGUAUCUUUGUUUUGUAUAUCAGAUUAUAUUUAUAAAUAUUUCCUUUUGUGGUGUUUAUUACACAUGUUUGUAAAGUGAAUACAUAUUUAUUUUGACCUUGGCAUGCGAUGUUUCAGUAUGUUGGGCUGAUCUCUGUAAGCACAUUUCCUCUUCUAAAGUAGUUGAGGCACAGUAAACAUUUGCAAGAUUUUUACCCAUGUUUAUUCUGUAAAUAUAAAAAACUGUU